GUCUGCUGGACACAAGCGUCUGUCCAACAAAACCCGUUAUUGGGUAAAUAACACCAGGUUCUCUCUGUACGUGACUCACUACGAGAAGCUGUUCAGCUUGGAUCUGGUUGUUCACUCUCUAUCGACAAAUCUUUCUUCACUGAGGGAAUUCCUGAACUCUGGGGAGAGUUAAGAAAUCCAGCCCGCCUCCAUUUGGGCUUUUAUAUGACCCUGCAUAUUACAGUGCUGAACCAGAGAAGAAGGAGAAACUCUGAACAGCUCAGCAUGAAGUUGCAUUUGGUUGCUGCUUUAGCACUGUCACUUACCCUGGUGUCACCAAUUUGUUGUCAGCAGCAAGUAAACUGCAGAUGGGGGUCUUAUGGAGCCUGGUCUGACUGCGAUGCCUGCACCCGUACAAAGGUGCGGACUCGUCAUGUGGAGGUGUAUGCUCAGUUUGGUGGGGCGCCAUGUUCAGGAGAAGCCACCGAAACACAGUCAUGCGUCCCACAGAAGGCAUGUCCCAUUGAAACUGGGUGUGGCGGCAGGUUCCGCUGCAGCUCUGGCCCGUGUAUCAGCCAAUCUCUGGUUUGUAAUGGAGACCAAGACUGUGAGGAUGGUCUGGAUGAGCAAAACUGUGGCCAAGACAACAGCCAGUACUCGUGUGAUCUUGCCAAAACGCCUCCCAACUCUGACCUCACCGGCAAAGGAUAUGACGUGCUGACAGGGAAACUGAAAGCAGGGGUAAUCAACACGUUUAAUUUCGGAGGACAGUGCAGGAAGGUUUUCAGCGGGAACCAUAAUGUGAUGUACAGAUUGCCACAGAACAUCCUCAAGUUCAACUUUGAGGUCCAUGUAGACAACGACGAAAGUGAUGAGUCCUAUGAGAGCUCCUGGUCCUAUGUUCAGCACAUCCAGUCCAAUGCCUUGUUUGGACAUGACCGUCGGACCUUCCACAAAGAGGUCACGAACAAUAAGGUUUACAAACUUUUAAUCUUAAAGAACAAAGUGGAACUGGCCCAGUUUCAGAACACUGCCCCCCAGUAUAUGACUCUGUCCGUAGACUUCUGGAAAGCCUUGUCCUCGCUGCCCCUCACGUACGACUACUCCGCCUACCGCCAGGUGCUUAAGACCUAUGGCACACACUACAUGUCAGAGGGUUCACUUGGAGGCGAAUACCAAGGCUUGUUGGAGAUAGACCUUCAGUCUGACACAUCCCACAGUGUGACUGAUAUUGAAUACCAAAGAUGUUGGAAAAAAGUGAAACGCUAUUUCUUCUUCAAGAAAACCAAAAUCACCUGUGAAAACCUGAAGAGACAUCUGGAAUCCAGCGCAAGAAGCCAGUCAAGCAAAAUGCCCAUUAAGGUCAAAGUGUUUGGAGGAGAUCCCCGCUUCAUUGGUGCUCUAUCUGUUCUGGAUCUGCAGAAUCCGGAAGCUAACGGAGAAAUAUACAACAACUGGGCCUCAUCUGUCAAAGACUUUCCUGAUAUAAUAAACCAGAAGCUUCGUCCUCUGUAUGAACUGGUGAAAGAGGUUAACUGUGCAGGGUUAAAAAAACUCCAUCUGAAGCGAGCGACGGAGGAGUACCUGGCAGAGGAGCAUCCCUGCCACUGCAGGCCCUGCCAGAACAACGGCCAGCCACUGCUGACGGGCACAGAGUGUCACUGCGUCUGCAGACCUGGAACAUCCGGACCAGCAUGCGAGAGAGGAGCCGUGAUUGGAGAACAACCAGGGGUGAUCCAUGGCAGCUGGAGUUGCUGGUCCUCCUGGGGCUCUUGCUCUGGGGGCCAAAGGUCAAGAACCCGGAGCUGCAACAACCCUUCCCCUAGAGGAGGUGGCCAGCACUGCAUCGGGGAGCAGAGGGAACAGAAAUCCUGUGAAGGACCAGAUAUUCAAAACUUGCAGAUGAUGGAGCCUCAGUGUUUUGGGCUUUCUACAGCUCCACCAAGAAGGUGUGGAGCUCCUCCAAUCCUGAAGAAUGGAUUUGUUGAGAAUCCUCAAGAAUAUUACACAGUUGGAAGCAGAGUUCAAUAUUCCUGCAUAGAGGAGUAUUAUCUGAUUGGGAACGCUGUAUCCACAUGUGGUGAAAACCAACAAUGGAGUACAGGAGCAAUGGUUUGUAAAAGUUCCACAUGUGCAACUCCUCAGAUCAACAGUUUAGUUGAAGCCACGCCCAGCAGAGAUGUCUAUCAAAUCGGAGACAGGGUGUCCCUGUCCUGUCCCGCAGGGUCGGCGCUGGACAGUCAGGUGUCAGAGAUCAUGUGCAGUUCCAGUCUGCAGUGGUCUCCGUCUCCUGCUGAUAUUCAGUGCAGAACAGUGCUAGUAGCUCCUGCUCCACCCACUGGUCUGAAGUGUAAACCAUGGGAGAAGACUGGAAAAACUGGGUGUGUCUGUAAAAUGCCAUCCGAGUGCCGGUCUUCUGUGGAGUUCUGUGCCAGGCUCGGUCCGAGAAAUGUCAUGUUGGGAGUUUGUCAGCUGGGGGCUUUGCGGUGUUUAGGGCGGAGCUUCACGCUGGCUGGUCAUGCUGACUGUGAUAAACCUGAGGAGACGUUUAGAUCAUGUGAGGACUGCAAACCCGGGACAAUCUGUCAAGAGUCACAGCGUAAAUGCACGUGUCAGAGUCCGUCCGAGUGCCCUGGAGACUCUGCCCCUCUGUGCGUCAGUUCCGGUGAUGACGGCGCCGCUGUGACCAUGACAGAGUGCGAGGUGGGGUCCAGGAGGUGUGCUGGCGAGACCUUCCGUCUGAUCAAUGUAGAGGCAUGUCCACAGUAAAGACAGACAUUCAUUUGUUUCUUCAUGUUAGUCUGUAAAUAUUUCUUAAUUUUUAGCUGCACCACUGUAUAGAAAAGGUUUUUCAAACAGUCUUUGUCAUUGUGAACUAACAAAGACAUCUCAUAAAUGUCUUUGUCAUAGAUUAUUUUUGGGUAUAAAAUGAAUAAAAUAGUUUCUCAGAA